ACCGCUCAGGACAACGAGCCCUGCAGAGACCGCGUCUGCGAUUGGUCGCUCCUUGGUGAGGAUUUAAUUUUGAAUUUUUCUUUAUGGUGUGCAAGAGGCUCCGACCCGAACUUCGUCUAACACUCAGGCUUUUAGACUAAAACCAUGCCUAAGUUCAAACAGCGAAGAAGAAAGCUAAGAGCCAAAGCCAAACGAUUAUUUAAGAAAAAAGAAGCCUCCCGAGUUCAGCCUAAGCUAUUAACACCUCCCCCUCCACCACCCACGCCAGAAAGAGUGGUUACUUCCUCAACUGAUACACCCCAAAGCAGAAACUGGCUAAAACACUCUUGGAACUUCAGAUUUCCUAACAUCAAAGACGCAAUAAAUCUUUGGACAAAUAGAGUGUGGUACAUGUACAGUUGCUGUCAGACCUGUGUGGCUCAGAGUUUAGAAGUAUUGAAAGAUGCCAUCUUCCCUUCCCGAGUCUACCACAGAGAACUUCACAGUCUAAAACAACAAUUUUGUGCUUUGAAAAGUGAAUUAUGCAGUCUCCAAGAAACACUGAAGACUAUCUCAGAAAAUUCCUCUUAUUCAAGCUGUUGUCAUACAUGUGGCAAGAGCAAUAAGCUUACGAACGUGCCAGCCUGUGCUCCAACAACCCAUGGAGAAUCCCCAACUGUACUUCCUCCCACACUGCCACAGCCAGCCAGCCAUCCUCCACCUCCUCCUCCUCCUCCUCCCCCUCCUCCUCCUCCCCCUCCCCCUCCUCUUCCUCCACCUCCACCACCCCUAGCACCAUUGCUGCUCAGAAAAUCUGGUUCAACUAAAGCACUUCAGACGGAACCAUUAAAGAAAGAUGGACCCAUGCAUAUAACAGUUAAAGAUCUACUCACUGUAAAAUUAAAAAAAACACAGAAUAUUGAAGAAAGGAAAAAGCUUUCACCACCACCACCAGAGGAACGGAAUCCACUAGUCACUAUCUCUGACCUGCAGCGUGUCACUCUGAAACCCAACUCCAGGGUGUUAGCAACACGAGUUAAAAAUGUCUUAAUUACUCCGGGUAAAAGCCAACUAGAUCUGCGGAAGCUGCUGAGAAAAGUCAAUGUAGACAGGAGCCCAGGUGGAACCCCUCUCACCAAUAAAGAAAAUAUGGAAACAGGAACUGGACUGACUCCAGUCAUGACUCGGGCCUUAAGGAGAAAGUUUCAGCUGGCUCACCCUCAAAGCCCUACUCAGUCUCUGCCACUUUCUACAAGCAGCUUUGAUGAACAAAACUGAGGCCGACUCUGCCUGACUCUGUGGAGGGAUCCAUACAAUGACUGAUCAAACCCCUCAAUUUUAAUGUACUAAAAUAUGUAUAGCUCUACGAAUGUAAUUCUACUUGAAGAAUCAGAGUGAGUAUGUAUGGAACCUACACAAACUGUGGCAUAAUGAGAGCAUUUAGAUAUUUUCUGAUGGUCGUGAUGGUAAGGGAACCAGAUGGGAAGAUGCAGUCUGCAAAGAAAAUGUUUAUCCUGGAAUUACCCAUUUUCGGUUAGAGUGGCUGUUCAGAUUUAAUUCCACAGGGGCUGGUGAUACGGUUCAAUGGAUAAAGGCACUUGCCACCAAGCUUCAUGGCCCAAGUUCAGUUCCCAGGACACAAAUGGAGGGAAGAAAGGACUGACUUCCACCCGUUGUCCUCUGACCUCCACAUGCACACACACACACACACACACACAAAAUAAUAAAUAUGUUAAAAAUACUAAUGGUAUAACUAGCUUUUAUAUAAAUAUAGUUAUGACAUUAAGAAAAUAGUGUGGAUACUAGAGAAAAUGGCUCAGGAGUUAAGAGCACUUGCUUCUUUUGCAGAGGACGCAAGUUCUGGUUCUAGCACUCACUUCAAGUGGCUUACAGAUGUCUAUAGUUCCAGAUCCAGGAAAUUCACUGCCCUCUUCUGGCCUAGAUGGGUACCUGCACUCAUAUGUACAGAUACACAAAAACAUGUAACUAAAAAUACAAAAUUUUGAAAAGAAAAUAAAGAGCAUAGCCUGGUUCCUGUUCCUCUCAGGCUGAUUCAUCCAUUGCUACAAACUUGAUCCAUAAAAUAAGACUCUCUAAUUGGGCGUGGUGACACAUGCAUUCAAUCCCGGCACUUAGAAGGCAGAAGCCCAAAGAUCUCUCUGGGAGUUUGAAGCCAGUCUGAUCUAUAUAGCAAGUUCCAGAUCAACCAGAACUAUACAGUGAGAUCCUGUCUUAAAAUAAACAAGUAAUUUAGAGAAAAACAAAACAAAAAUCAAUGUGACCUGAAAAUUUCAAACAGACCCUGUGUUUGCUUGAAAUAGAGUCUUAUGUUAUAGCCCAGGAUGGACAUUCUGGGACUACAGGUGUGAGCCACCACAUCUGGCUAGAAGGUAAUUGCAUACUGCUAAAAUGACUUAGCAACUUUGGUAGGUUGUUUUUUCUGGUUACUGAGACUUCUUCUUCUUCUUCUUCUUCUUCUUCUUCUUCUUCUUCUUCUUCCUCCUCCUCCUCCUCCUUCUUCCUCCUCCUUCUUCCUUCUUUUUUUUGGGCUGGACCCAAGGGCUUCACACAUGCUAAGUACAUGCACCCUGAGUCACACCCUCAGCCUGGUAUCCCUUACUAUUUAUGUCUGCUGUCCAUUUUCCUGGGGUCAAAUACAAUUUUCAUGAUUUCAGCAUGAAGCUUCUGUUUUCCAGAAUGCCUUGCCAAGGAUUCUCUGUGGUCCAUGGCAGUUUUAUAAAGAAGCCCGUUUCCUGUUCCUCAUCAGCCUGUGUAUUCUCUGGCAGUAGUGUUAUAUCUUUCACUGGACUUCAUUCAUUCUUGCCAGUCUAGAGUUGCCAGAUUUAGGAAAUAAGAAUAUAAGAUACUCUAUUAAAUUUGAAUUUCAGAAAUAUCUCCUUAAUAGUGAACAAGGAACACUUACAUUUAAAAAAAAUGUAUUUAGGUCUUUGCAGGGAGUUCAGGAAUAUAGUACUUGUCUAGAAUGUUCAUGGCCCUGGGUUUAAUGCCUAGUACUAACACACACACACACACACACACACACACACACACACGAUGUUAAUCUCAGUUGUCUAUUUCUGGUUGUCUGUAAUCACCUUCGAGAUGGGCUUUCUCAAACAUUAUCUGGAUUAGGCUAAUUGAGAUGGGCUAACCUACACUCUGUGGGUAGCACCAUCCCCUAAGUUGAAAUCUUCUUCACUGUGCAUUCAAUGUGACCUGCUGCUUCAGGCUCCUGCUAUCUUGGUCCCCUCUCUCCAUGUGUAGUGAAUGGUGGAACUAUAAACCAAACAAAACCUUCCCUCCUUAAAUUGAUAUUUUCAGUUAUUUCAUCACAGCAACUAGAAGAGUAACUUAAUAGUUAAUUAUAUAAAUAAUAAAUCUAAAUAUAAAUCUAAAAAAAACUCAAGGUAAUGGCCUCCUUAUACAUUAAAAACAAAACAAAACAAAAAACCCCAAAGAUUUCAGAUAUUCACUGAACUUUCUAGUCUGAUAGGAAGCAGUCACACAGAUAACAGCCUUAAAAUUUUAAUCUUCCAGUUCACUAUACCUCAAAAGGUAAUUUCAUGGUCCCCUAAAAAUUCCUGCAGGGUUUGUUUAUUUUUUUAUUUUUUAUUUAUUUAUUUUUUUGGUUCUGAGGAUUGAACCAGGGCCUUGCACAUGGUAGGUAAGAAACCCUAUCACUGAGUUAUAGCUCCAGGUCAAAUCCCUGUAUUGCCAUCAAAUGACAGUACUUUGAGAUGCCAAAUCAUGUUGUCAGAAAGUCACCAGACUAGAAAGUAGUCUUGGGGACAGAGUUUAGCACCUUGAGGCGGUCCUGUUUAUGAGAUCUACAUUUAUGUUUAUAAUACAGAAAACAUAAUAUAUCUAGAACCUGCUAGACGGUUGUAUGUUUGUUUGUUUGUUGUUUGCUGAAACAGGUUUUCAUGUAGCUAACUCUGUCUCAGAACUAUUUAGCUAGGAUGUCCUGGAACUUUUGAUCCUCUACUUAUUGAAUGCUGGGAUUAAGGCAUGUACCACUAAGUCCAGCAGAACUUUUUGGAAAUAUGUUAGCUAGUUUGAUAUUAUAUAAAAAUAAGGGAAAUAUCACUGAAAAUAAAGGAUUCAUAAUAGAAUGGUAUUUUGUGGGGCACUUGUAAUGUUUACAAUAUUAAUAAACCAAUAUACAUUUUACCAUUGUAACUGAAAUAACAUAAUCAUUCCUAUGACAUAGAAGGUUCACUUAAUUAAAAAAAAAAAAAAAAAAAAGCUAGGCUGGACAUAGUGGCUUUUUACAUUUGUCCCAGCUACUUGGAAGACUGAGAUGGAGGGAAAUGUCAGUUCAAGGCCAGCAGUCAGCCUGAGCGACUUGGUGAGAACCUGUCUCAAAAAAUAGAAGUUUUAUAGGCAAAACAUUUACGAAGCUGCUAUUGCUGUUGUAUCAGUGUUAAAAUGUACCCUACUUUAAAUUGUUUACUAAUUUUUAUUUUAGAAUUUAUAUGCGUUUUCAUUGUAACCAUCUGAGUACUCUGCAUGUUGUAUAAUUUCAUUAAACUACUGCUUAUAUGCUCCCAGUA